UGUCAAUACUUACUUUAUAUUUUCACCAACAAAGAUGUUGAAACUUGUAGUACUCGCUGUUGUCUGUUGUGUCAGUUUAGCUAUUGAUACUCAGCUCGACUCGGCAUGGAAACAAUAUAAACAACAACAUGGUAAACUGUACAACCCAGUUUCCGACAACAUGAGGAGAAUUGUCUGGGAGUCUAACCUGGAACUUAUUGCUCAACAUAACAAAGAGGCCGACCAGGGCAGACACUCCUACAGACUCGGAAUGAAUGCUUAUGGUGAUAUGACAAAUGCUGAAUUCAACGCCUUGAUGAACGGAUACAGAGGUGAAGACUACAAACCAUCUGGGUUGAAACAUGAAAGCAAAACACCCGUAGAAGCUUUACCCACAGAAGUUGACUGGAGACAGAAAGGAUUCGUUACUCCCAUCAAGGAUCAGAAACAAUGUGGAUCUUGCUGGUCUUUCUCCGCCACUGGUUCAUUAGAAGGACAACAUUUCAAGAGAACAGGAAAACUCGUCUCCCUCUCAGAACAAAAUCUCUGUGACUGCUCUAGAAAGGAAGGUAAUAUGGGAUGUGAAGGAGGUUUGAUGGAUCAGGCUUUUAUUUACGUCAAGAAAAAUAGAGGUAUUGAUACCGAAGCUUCAUACCCAUACAAAGCCAUCGAUGAGAAAUGCCACUUCAAGAGAAAAGACGUAGGAGCCAACCUAACCAGCCAUGUCGAUGUCAAGAGAGAAAGCGAAGAAGAUCUCAAGAAAGCAGUAGCUGAAGUUGGCCCAAUCUCAGUCGCCAUUGAUGCCAGUCACAACUCCUUCCAAUUGUACGCUAGUGGUGUUUAUGAUGAACCUGCUUGCAGUAAAAUCAGAUUAGAUCAUGGUGUUUUAGCUGUUGGUUAUGGUGUACAUGAAUCUAAAGAUUACUGGUUGGUCAAAAACAGUUGGGGAACCACCUGGGGUAUGCAAGGAUACAUCAUGAUGUCCAGAAACAAGAAGAACCAAUGUGGUAUCGCUACACAAGCUAGUUACCCAGUAGUUUAGAAUGGAAUGAACUGUCAUACACUGUAAAACCUUUUCUGUGAAAUAUACAAAAUAUUGGUGGCAACCAUGCUGCCAAAUUUAAACCAGAAAAGCUUACAGUGUAGAGUACGAUUAAUAUGAUACGUUGGUGAAAACGGUUAUCAUUUUGUGAUGAAUAAUUCAAAAUUGUGAUAUUUUAAAUAAAUAAUAUAAAAUAA